AUGAGUGGAUUGUUGUCGUCUAUUCAUAAAUUAUCAUUAAACGAGGACGAGGAGAUGAAGAUUCAUGCCGAGCUCCCAAUAUACCGAAGUGUAGAAGGGACUUUCGGGAACCCGAUAGUGAAGAAAAUGAGAGUAAAAAUUGCACCAGAUUGGACUAAGUGGUUGAUGGGAGGUGAAGAAGAGGAGGAAGAUGCCCUGGUCUUUGAGGGUGAGAAUUUGACAUGGGGUCAAGUUGUAGAUGAUGUUGGGGCGUAUGAGUCGCUUUAUUCUACAAGAACUAGGAAUAGGGGGUUGCUGACAAGUCUGCAUCGAGCUCCAGAGGAAGAUGUUUAA